GGAAUAUUUAGAUCCAUUCCAGGUUAUUUCCCAGGACCAGAAGAGUAGUAGAAGAGGUUUAUUUAUCACAUCAUACUCAUCACCUGAACCAUAAUUAGUCACUGACUGACACUGAAACCAUUUGCAAACAAAGACUACAGAAAGCUGUUAAAUUACCUAUUUAACUAGCUAGGAAGCAUUUCACUGUAAUCCAUCUCAUUUUUGCCUCUUCCAGUCUCCAACCUCCAAACCUCUCUCUCUCCAUUACUGGCACAACCAAAGAAAAACGGACGAAGAUGGCUUCUUCAUCGAAAGCUCAUAGCCCUUUCCUAUAUGCCUGCAUUGCGCAUAGAACUACAAUUCUAGCCGAACACUCCUCCCCCGGCACGUCCUCCACUUCCGCCUCCUCCCUCGCCUCUAUCAUUCUCCCCAAAAUCUCUCACGAAACCCCGCAAAAGCUCACCUACACACACGACCGCCUCUUCGUCCAUUACAUCGCCGACUCUCCCACCGCCGCGGCCGAAAAUGGCGAACUCACCUCCUACGCCCCGCUCAGCUACCUCGUCGUAGCCACCGCAGAGCUCGGCCGACGCAUCCCCUUCGCCUUCCUGCUCGAGAUUCGCCGCAAAUUCCUCACGGUCUACAACCCGGACAGCACCGAUUUCAGCGCCAUGCCCGCCUACGGCUGCGCCGCCUUCAACACAACCCUUCGCGAGCUGCUGCAGACCUACAACACGGCCCCACCAGCCGAUUCGCUGGCCUCUGCGCGCAAGGAGAUUGACAGCGUGCGCGGAAUCAUGACGGAGAACAUCGAGCGGGUGCUGGAGCGUGGGGAGCGGAUCGAUCUGCUGGUUGACAAGACGGACCGGCUCGGGGGUAGCUCCCGGGAUUUCCGCGUGCGGAGCCGUGGAUUGAGGCGGCAGAUGUGGUGGAAGAAUGUGAAAGUGAUGGCCCUGCUGGUCGUCGUCGUCGUGUUCUUGGUAUAUCUCUUCGUCGGGAUGGGGUGUGGAUUGCCUUCGUGGGGCAGGUGUUUUGGGCGGUAAAGAAUCGUUUCUUUAUUUCCAGGGAGUGUGCAUAAAUCGGGGGAAAUUGAUAUCAUGAGAUCUUUCUUGUCUUUUUUUUUUUUUUUUUUUUUUUUUUUUGGAAGGAUGGAGGCCUUUUUCUUAAUUUCCCUUUUGUCUGGUUUUGAUUUCUGGACUUUGCAUUUUAUUUCUUACGUCUUCAAUCUUUCUGAUUUCCAGUUUACAGAGCGGUGUGUUUUAUUUAUAUCUCGUCGAGAGCGCAAGUUCUGCCCUGAUUCGUCUUGUUUAGGCCUUUCCCCUCUGCAUUAAUACCACCGUGCUACCAUGCUAUCUAUAUAUAGUAUUUCUCAUGCAGAAUCAAAGAUGUUCCAUCAUUUGUUUAUUCGAUCAACUGAUGCGGGAAAAUAUAUCUAUACUCUCUUUCACCGGCUCGACCACUUUUGCAAUGAAAAUAAAAAUGAUAUGAAUUGUCUAUUCAAAAAACAGCUCGAUGCACAAGCAUAAUAUAAACAUAAAAAGUGAUGUCCCUCGCCAUCAAACUUGUUUCCAUCAUCGAUAUCAAGCAUAGGGACAAGUCUGCAGGCGAGACUUAC